UUCCCUAAAUACCAACAUUCCAAUAUCUGUUUCAACAUAAAAUUGAUUUCAUCAAUCUAAGAAUUGAAGACACAAACAUGAUUACAUUAUAAGUACCAGCUUUUCUUGUACUGGGUUUGAAAUUCUUGACCUAAACAUGUCUAUCCAGCAACAAAAUACCCACAAUAUUUCUGAAUUGAAGAUACAAACAUGGUUACAAUUAUGGUUGUAGUAGCAGCCUUUCUUGAACUGGGUUUGAAAUUCAGGACAUAAACAUGUCUCUCCAGCAACAAAAUACGGAUUCCAACAAAGUUUGUGGGUCGGGAUCUUGCCUCUAUGACCUCUUAUGUGCGGACCCCUCCACAAAUUGGUAUUGCCAACAGAGAGACGGUCAGAUGCCUUAUUUUGACCCACAAGAGAGGCUGAAGAAUCUGUUGCGUCAUUCAGGCAAUGGGUUUUGUGCAGAUUGUGGAUCUCCAAAUCCAAAAUGGGUGUCUUUAAGUCUUGGAGUAUUUAUUUGUAUAAAGUGUUCUGGAGUACAUAGAAGCCUUGGAGUGCAUAUAUCAAAGGUUGUAUCAGUAAAGCUAGAUGAAUGGGUGGAUGAACAAGUUGAUGCUUUGAUAGAACUGGGUGGAAACAAUGCAGCAAAUUUGAAGUAUGAAGCUUUUAUUCCCGAACAUAUCAGAAAACCAAAACCAGAUUCCUCUAUAGAGGAGCGCUCCGAUUUUAUUAGGAGAAAAUAUGAGCUGCAACAAUUUUUGCACUCAGAUGAACAGAUGUCUUGUCCAUUUCCUGGUUCGUGUUCAUCAUACUCCUCUUGCAGCUCCUCAGGCCACAGUUCUGGUUCAGUCAUGGAUAAGAAACAUUAUGAGAAGCAAACAACCAGUCAUCGCAUCCAUGGCCUUGGGCACGCCUUUCGUAAUAGCUGGAGAAGGAAAGAGUCUGAGCACAAAGCUACUAAGAAGAGUAACUCAAUGAGUAACUCAAUGGCAGGUAUGGUUGAAUUCGUCGGAUUGAUAAAGGUCAAUGUGGUCCGAGGCACCAACCUAGCUGUUCGAGACAUGGUGACUAGUGAUCCUUAUGUCAUCCUCUCAUUGGGACACCAAUCAGUGAAGACACGUGCCAUAAAGAACAACCUGAACCCAGUCUGGAAUGAACAGCUGAUGUUAUCAAUUCCACAAAAUAUUCCUCCUUUAAAGUUGCUCGUGUACGACAAAGAUACAUUCACAACCGAUGAUUUUAUGGGGGACGCGGAAAUUGACAUCCAACCCUUGGUCUCUGCUGCCAAAGCCUCGGAGAGUGCGUCACUCGGGGAGCCAAUGCAGCUAGGAAAGUGGGUAGCAAGCAAAGAUAACACUCUAGUAAGAGACGGUAUCAUCACCCUAGAAGAUGGGAAGGUAAAGCAGGAAAUCAUUCUCAGGCUGCAGAAUGUUGAGAGGGGAGUGCUAGAUAUCGAGCUUGAAUGCGUUCCUCUCACUCAAUAGCCCAUUCAACCGAAGUUGCUGUGAAACUCUCUGCAAAAGUGACCCUCUUGAUGUCAAAAUCUCAUGUUGUUCUUUAACUGCUGUAUUUCUAGCUAAGAACAAUUAGUGGUGUUUUUUGGAUAUUUUGCUUGCAAAUUGAAAUAGUCUUGUCUCAUUGUUUAGAUUAAUGGGCAUGGAAUUGAAAAAUUGCCCAACUAAAUGAAAUUGAUGCAUCCAGUUGUGUAAUUAUUGCAAACAAAGCAUUGUUCUGUCUCAUUCUUUGUAAGAAAUGUUUUUGAAGGAAUUUAAAAGGAAAUGUUCUGUUAGCCGGGUUU